UCCAAGAUGGCAGCCUCCUGGUGCAUUUCCAGAAAUAUUUACCUGAGACACGGAUUAAAAACAUACAAAGCUCGACAGACACAGCUUACGAAUGGAUUUAAUAUAUUUGAAACUUAUUCAACGUCGGCAUUGAAGAAUAACAAGUCAAAGCCAUAUGAAAUUGUGAAGUACUUUGUUGCAACAAAACCUGGGGACAAGAAAGAUACCACAGUAGAACUCCCUCAGGCUUACUCGCCCCAGUUUGUGGAGGCCGCCUGGUACGACUGGUGGGUGCAGGAAGGAUUCUUCAAACCAAAGGAGAACGAGUCAGGCCAGAAGUUUGUUCUUUGCCUUCCGCCACCAAAUGUGACCGGAACUUUACACCUGGGACAUGCACUGACAUGCGCUAUACAAGACGCCAUUGUGAGAUGGAACCGAAUGCGAGGCUUGGAGACCCUGUGGAUCCCAGGAUGUGACCAUGCUGGCAUAGCAACGCAGGUUGUCGUGGAGAAACAACUGUGGAAGAAAGAGGGCAAGACGAGACACGAUGUUGGGCGGGAGGAGUUCCUGAAACGAGUCUGGGAGUGGAAAGAGGCGAAAGGGGAAACUAUCUACAGUCAGAUGAAGAAGAUGGGCGUGUCCCUGGAUUGGAGUAGGACCUGCUUCACAAUGGACGAGAACAUGAGUCUGGCAGUGCGUGAGGCGUUUAUCCGUCUUCAUGAAGAGGGACUCAUCUACCGCAGUGGGCGACUUGUGAACUGGUCCUGCCAUCUCAGAUCUGCCAUCUCUGAUAUUGAGGUAAUCAAUGAGCAGAUAGAGGGACCAAAGGGCUUGAAAGUUCCUGGUUAUGAACAUCCUGUUGUGUUUGGAGAAAUGACUCAGUUCGCCUAUCCAGUGGUCAAUUCAGACGAGAAAAUCACUGUAUCAACCACACGUCUGGAGACGAUGCUAGGUGACACGGGUGUGGCAGUCCACCCAGAUGACCCUAGGUAUUCACACCUGCAUGGCGCCCUUCUGCAGCAUCCUAUAGAUGGCAGGCAUAUACCUGUCAUAACAGACGACAGUGAACAGCAGGACUUUGGUACAGGUGCUGUCAAGAUUACUCCAGCACAUGACCAUGUAGACUACCAGAUUGGGAGGAGACACAACCUGUUGUCUGUAAAUGUGAUUGAUGACCAAGGCUUGAUGGAGAAUGUUCCAGAACAAUACAAGGGUAUGAAAAGGUUUCAUGCAAGACAGAAGGUUGCAGAUGCUUUGAAGGAGAAAGGAUUGUAUAAAGGGAAGCAACCCCACUCCAUGGUCCUGCCUGUUUGUCAACGCUGUGGUGACAUUAUUGAACCAAGGAUCAAAGACCAGUGGUAUGUGAACUGUGCAGAGUUGGCUUCUAAUGCAUUACAGGCAGUUGAAAGUGGAGAGUUGACCAUCUAUCCAGAUUUUCAUCGCAAAGUUUGGCGAGAAUAUAUGUCCAAUGAAAAGGCAAAGGAUUGGUGCAUCUCCAGGCAGAUAUGGUGGGGUCACCGUAUACCAGCGUUCAGAGUGGAUUUCAAGAAAAAUACAAAUGAAGGCGAGGAAAUAUGGGUGAGUGCCCACACUGAAGAAGAAGCCUGUAUGAAAGUAGAAAGCAAACUGGGAAUAACAAGAAACAAUUUCUCUCUCCAUCAAGAUGAAGAUGUGCUGGACACGUGGUUCUCAUCAGCACUUGUUCCAUUCUCAGCUCUGGGAUGGCCAAAGCAGACUGUAGACUUACAACGUUUUUACCCCAACAGCCUCCUAGAGACUGGUAAUGAUAUUCUGUUUUUCUGGGUGGCCAGGAUGGUCAUGCUAGGACUCAAGAUGACUGGCUGUCUGCCGUUUUCAAAGGUAUUGUUACAUGGCACUCUACGAGACUCCAAAGGUCGCAAAAUGAGCAAAUCUCUUGGAAAUGUGGUAGAUCCAAUGGACGUUAUAUACGGCGUUUCCCUUGAGGAGCUACAGAAGCAAGUUGAGCGGCUGGGAUUCGAUGUUUCUGAGAUGGAAACAGCCAAGAAGGGUCAGUCCCAAGAUUUCCCAGACGGUAUACAGGAGUGCGGUACGGACGCCCUCAGAUUUGCACUGUGCUCAUACCAGUUUAAAGAUCCGGAGAUUCGUAUGAACAUCUCGCAUGUACACAACUACCGCCAGUUCUGCAAUAAAAUCUGGCAGGCCUUCAAACUGGUGUGGAACCAGCUGGGACCGGAUUUCAAGCCUGUUCAACAUUUACAGAACAACGAGGACACUAUGUUUACGCCAGUGGACCUAUGGAUCCUGAUUCGCCUCAGCCACCUGGUACAACACUGCGACAACAACUUCCGGUCAUAUGACCUCCACCUAGCAACCCUGGCUCUGUAUAACUUCUGGUUUAAUGAUUUCUGCGCAGUGUAUUUGGAAUAUUCAAAGAAGAUGAUGGACACACCCUCCGCCCCAGGUGUUAGAGAUGUUCUGUAUUUCGUCGUGGACACAUUCCUUCGGGCCCUCAGUCCGUUUAUGCCAUUUCUUACCGAGGAACUGUAUCAGCGCCUGGGAAACAUUAGUGCCAAUGCAAGCAGUGUGUGUCUUACUCAAUAUCCGGACCCCUUAAAGUACAACUGGUAUAAUGAAGAUCUCGAAUCUACCAUGGAGCGUGUACAGCUUACAUGUAAUGGAGCACUAUCUUUAAUGAAGACGUUUGAGCUGUCCCCCAAAAGUACUGAAGUGUAUAUACAGGCGCCAGAAAGUUAUCACUUCGAAGAUUUCUUGGCUGUGUUUGCUUCACAGUUGAAAUGCCAAAGUAUAACGUUCGUAAACAGGGACCAGGCUCUAUCUGGCUGCAUACGCAAAGAUAUCGCACCAGGCCUUGACGUCUACAUUAAAGUUCAGGAUAUUUCAAAAGUUCAAGUUAUGAUAAAGAACUUAGAAGAGAAGCAUCAUAAUCUGAUGGAAAAGAUAGUACAACUGGCGAAGAAAGGGAAAAAGAAACAUAACGAUGUUGAUGACAAGAUUCAAGUCCUUGACGAAAAGGCACGGCUCGUAAAGGAACAGAUAGACAUUUUGCAGCAAGUGCAAAGAAACAGCAUAAGAGGACCAGAUUAAUGCAUGACAAACAUUAUUAGCAUCUAACAAUAGUUCACGUGCCAAACAUAGCAUUCUUAAACAUUGCCUUAUGUACGCAAUUUUAGGCUAUAUUAUCAGAGAAAUUGUGUUGUGCAAGUUUGUAUAGAAAUAAAAACGAACCUUUGAUAAUAAAACAUAAAUAGUGUUUUAUGUUUAAAUAGAUGUGUUAAUGUAUUAUAUUAAUCAUUGUGUUCAAUUCUUUCUGCUUAGGCCAUUAUUUUUUUCUUUUGUUUUACGGGAAUACCGACUGUAUAAAUUUCGACAAAACAUAAAAAUAAAGUUAUACUUUCGUGAA